CUUCUCGCAACCAUGUCGGCUCCCCAGAUCCCCAACCUCAACACUCUUCGACGAGGCGGCGGACGCGGUCGUUUACGCGGUCGAGGUGGUUUUGCUGGCGAUGGCGGCGGCGGUAGCGCUGCCUCUCGCGGUGGCAAAGACCGAGUGGUUCAGGGCACUGACCAUGACGCCAGCGUCUCCCGACUGAGCGCCGUGGGAUUAGGAUAUCUGGAGGAUCCAUUUGCCAGGGCAUUGACGCCGCCUGAUUUGGAGACGAGACGACUGCCCAUUAUCAAUAGAGGCACUUAUGUCCGCACCACCGCAAUCGACCAACUCGUGCAUCGAUUCCUCACACAACCCUCCGCCCCCCACCGCCCGCAGAACAAGAAACAGAUCAUCUCGCUCGGAGCAGGCUCCGACACGCGGGUCUUCCGACUCCUACCCUCGCACCCGGAUCUGAUCUAUCACGAGAUCGACUUCGCCGUCAACACGGCCGCCAAGAUCCGGUUCAUUCGCGCGGCGCCGCAUCUCCAACGCGCGCUGGGGAUAAUCGGGCAAUCCACACAAGAGAGAGGCAAGGUUGAGAUUUCGGACCGGGGCGAUGCGCUGCAUACGGAGAAGUAUCAUUUGCAUCCGUUGGAUUUGCGGAACUUGAAACCAAAGACCAAGUCCAACCCGACCGUACCAGGGGGAGGGAGCAGCAAUGACCAGGACAAGGACCAAGAUAAGGACAGCGAGGACCCACGGACAUACCUACGUGACGUUGAUCCCACGCUCCCUACGCUCCUCAUCUCGGAAUGCUGUCUCAUCUACCUGUCGCCGCGCGAGGCCGCCGACGUGGUCGACUUUUUCACGCAGACGCUCUUUCCCGGUGCGACUACCAACCGCAGCGGCAGUAAUGGCGCUGGCGUUGCCCCCUUGGGCCUGAUUCUCUACGAGCCAAUCCGACCGCACGACGCCUUCGGACGCACCAUGGUCUCGAACUUGGCGACGCGCGGCAUCCAGCUGCAGACGCUGCACCAGUACGCGACGUUAGGAUCGCAGCGACAACGGCUGCGCGACCAAGGGUUCGUUGACGGGCAGGCGGCGGCGGACGUGCAUUUCAUCUGGGACCGGUGGGUGAGCGAGGCGGAGAAGGAACGGGUGGCGGCGUUGGAGAUGUUGGACGAGAUGGAGGAGUGGAAUCUGCUAGCGCAGCAUUAUUGCAUCGCUUGGGGGUGGCGGGAAGGAUUGGCAGCAGGGUUCGAGGGGUGGAAGGAUUUUGACAGCCAGCAGGGAGUGGAGUCCUAAGACACUAGUCGCCAGAGCAAAUAGCAUCCAGUAUACC